CAUCGCUGACCACACGUGUUGGUUAACACCGACAAGUUGUUUUGUUUACCAAAUAGAAACACGUAUUUCCACAAAAUCUUGUUGGGAUAACCGGAUUUUAUUUACAAAAUGUUUAAAUUUGCUUUUAAUGUUGAUAUUGAUAAUGACAAUCCUUUCAGUGGAAAAAGUAAUGAAAAGGAAUUGAACUUAAUACCUACUACGAGUCAAAAUGAGCUGAGCAAUGAACCUGAAGAAUGGUACGAAGCAGAAAAUGUACCUAUAAGCAUUGAAACACUAGAAAACUUAGAUGUAUAUAAAUUAAAUGCGAGAAUAUUAAAUAUUGGCGAUAUUUCCAUAAAGCACAUUAUGACAAAAUUUCUAUUAGAUCACAUAACUGGCAAUAGUGAAGACAAUAAAGGUAUUAGCAAAGCCGAGCAAAAACACUCUGACCUCAUUCCAGGCAUUUAUGAAGGUGGUGCGAAAAUCUGGGAAUGCACAGAAGACCUUCUGCAAUACUUAGUAAAAACUUUUAAGCCACAAGAGUGGCGCGGAAAACGGGUGUUGGAUCUAGGCUGUGGCGCUGGUUUGCUUGGUAUUUAUGCGUACAAGUGUGGUUCAACAGUGCACUUUCAAGAUUAUAAUAAAGAUGUUUUGACACGAAUUACCAUACCAAAUGUUCUGUUAAAUGUAGCCAGGGUGAAAUCUGAUGUUGAUAAAUCAGAUAUAUCGAAUGCAGAACAAAUUCAACGGAAUGAAAUUGACGCAUUGAGUAAAAGUUUGCAAUUUUACUCUGGUGAUUGGCGAAAAUACUCGGAGCUAACUUCACAAGGCGCAGAAUGCACAACGGAUAAGUUCGAUUUUAUACUAACAUCAGAGACAAUUUACAAUCCUAAAAAUCAGCAAAAGCUGUUGGAGACAUUAUACAGAAAGCUAAGUCCAGGCGGUGUAGUGCUAGUUGCCGCAAAAAUAUACUAUUUUGGUGUUGGUGGAGGACUAAGGCAAUUUGAGGACUUGAUUACAGCAGAUAAACGAUUCCAAUGCAAAAUAGUCUGGACUAGUACGGAUGGCGUAGGUCGUGAGAUAUUAGAAUUAAGUUUAAACAAACAAUAACUUAUUUAAUUUUUUAUGGUCUACGAAGUACACGAGCAUGUAAUU